AUGGCAUGCAUAAACAUGUUCAAUAAUGAUCAGCAAAGCCUCUGCACAUCAAUGGGUCCAAGAAUCUCCUUCUCUAAUGACUUUGCAGAUUCCCAGCACCCAAAGAGGCAUGAUCACAGCUACAAAGAAGCUCCAGUCUCCUCAGACUUCGAGUUCUCAGUCCCCACCUACAACAUCAUCUCUGCAGAUGAAGUGUUCUUCAAGGGCAAAAUCUUGCCCUUGAAGGAGAAAUCAUCCACCAAGACUCUCAGAGAUGAGCUCCUCCAGGCGGCAGAUGAUGAUGACUAUGGCGAUCUCUUCCUAAAGGGCACCAGCAGCCGGUGGAGGGAGCGCUUGGGGUUGAAGAGAUCUCCUGUUUUCCCCAAGAAAUUAGCUGACCGGAACGACGAAGGCCGCCUCGAAGGAAUAGAUGAAGUUAAGGUUCAAGAUUUGAUCAACAUUGCAGGUGGGAAGUAG